CAAAAAUGACAGAAAGCAAAUUUAAGGUUACCUCAAUUUAAAUUAUUUUUGUGACGUAAGGUCGAUUAAAUUCACGUAAAAAUGCGUUUUAAUUCAAAUACCGACGAGUAAAGCCUUUGUUCUCGUGACAAUGAAAAAGUAUCGAUUCGCAUUAAUUCCGUUACAAAGAAAAUUCGCAAUACAAACAAAAUUCAAGAUGUGAAUUGAUUAAAAUGGAAAUCUCUUUUUUUACCAAAAAUGUUCAAAUCGGAAAGUGUUAAUUUGUGCGACGACCUUGCUAAUUGGAUGACCAAUUUGCCGGAAUUAAUUAAAAAAGUUCCUAUUAAAAAUUUAGCCAUUCCAGGAUCUCACGAUAGUUUUACAUCAUCGAUAAAAUCCAGUUCGCCAAUUUCACCAGAUGCGGGUGAACUGUUACAACGAAUGAAUUGUAUGGGUCCAAUGUUUCGCUCGGUAAUUCGGCGAUGGGUGAGAACGCAAGAGUUUAAUGCACUCACUCAAUUACAAGUCGGUAUAAGAUACUUUGAUUUAAGAAUAUCCACUAAAGAAGGCACACAUCAAUUGUAUUUCGUGCACGGAUUAUAUUCCGAUGAGAUUGAUUCAGUUUUAAGAGAAUUAAUCCAAUUCUUAGACGAUCACCCAAAAGAAUUAGUUAUUUUAGACUGCCAACACUUUUAUGAGUUCACCUUGGCAGAUCAUUGGAGAUUAAUUUCUUACAUAAAGGGAAGAUUUAAUUCAAAAUUAGUACCGGUUUCGAGUUCAAUGGAUUUUUUAACCUUGGAGUACACCCAAAAACAUGAUUACCAAGUUAUAAUUAUUUAUCGAUGUAACGAAAUUGGAAACGAUAAGUUAUUAUGGCCAGGUUGGAAUUUCCCCAAUCCUUGGCCGGAAACUACGAAUAAAUCGGAGUUAAUUAAGUUCUUAGAUGAUGAAUUAAAACGAAGAAACAAUUUUACGGCUCUUAUUACCCAGUUUUUAUUAACACCAACACCCGGAUCGAUUUUAAAACGAUUUUAUAGUAGUCUAAAAAGUUCGUGUGUAGACCCAAUAGAUCAAAUGAAAUACAGGUGGCUUUUAGAGCAAUCUCCAAAAGAAAAAUUAAAUAUUGUUAUUGCUGAUUUUAUUGACAUGAACAAUUCAAAGUUUCCAAAAUGUGUUAUCUCGUUAAAUAAGGUGUAUUUAAUUGGGAGAUAUCCAAUAAGUUUAAAACAAUCUGUCGAGGAAUUAACAACAAUCGAGUUAUAAAUAUUAAAUAAUAAAGUAUUUUAUAACUGCACUUUCA